AUGGGACCGCCCUCGUCGUGGCCGCUCCUGCUGCUGGGGUGGGCGGCCGGCGCGGACCUCGCCACGAUGGCGCCGGCCUACUGCCCGCCGCACGCGGCCCGGACGCGCGGCCGCGAGCUCUGCCCCACGGACCCGGUUUGCGCGGCGAGCGUGCAACGCUUCGCGACGGCCAAGCGCCACGCGCCGCCGCGCGUCGCCGUGUUACUGCGAGGCGUCGCCUUCCGGAACUGGGGCUCGCGCGACACGGAGGGCUCCUGCUGCCGGGGCACGGAGGCGUCGCAGCGGUCCGUCGUCGAGUCCUGGGACGAGCACCUCUUCGCGCCCCUGGAAGCGCGUGGCUACGAGGUGAAUAUAUACGUGGCGACGUACCGCUGCUCGAACGGCAAGGACUGGGUCGAGCGCGACCUCCUCGCGCAGUUGGCGCCGCGCCUCCGCGGCGUCUACCUGGGCAGCUACGACAACACGACGCAAUCCGCGACGCACGCGCGGGCCCUCGCGCUGGCCCACGCGGAAAGCAGUUCGCGCGAGGACCAACCCGAAGGCGCGGGCAAGGCGGCGCGCGCGUUCGAGCACGUCUUCAUCAUGCGGCUCGACAUGGCGCUCACGCGGUCGACUGUGUGGAAAUCAAAAUUUUACGGCGCAUUCCUGCUGAAUCAUCGCGUCGUCCUCCGCGCCAUCGACGCGACGCCUGCUCGAUGGCGUGGCGAUGCCGGUUCCUCGCCGCUCGACCGAGCCAGGACGGCCGCGUCAUCGCGCACCCGAAGCACUGGUUGAUUUCCACACAGGCGGUCGAAUCUGACCUGCCUGCUCGCGCAGGACGGCCCCAUGACGCGGAGCGAGGCCGGCAACGCGGACGGCUUCAGCUACCUCCCCGGGCGGUUCUUCGCGUGCGCGGUGCGCGCGCGCGCGGCCCUGUACUACUCGCACGACUGGGUCGCGAGCGUGCUCUCGCUCGCGGGCGUCGACGCGCCGGCCGCCGGCGCGCCCGUGCUCUACGCGCACGCCGUCGGCGGCCGCGCGCAGGACGCGUGCGCGACGCGGGCCUGGCGCCACGAGAAGCGGAGCGCCGAGACGGCGGCCCGGUGGCUCCGCGCGCGCGGCCGCGCCGCCGCCGCCGACCGCGCGCGCGCGGCGUGCUACGCCGCCCGGCGCCCGUCGCGCGACUACCAGAACCGCUAG